AUGGCGGAAUCAAGCUCUUCUCUCCCUCCUCUUUGUGAAAAGAUCUCAUACAAAAGCUGUCUUCAAAGAGCUGCGGAUCUCACGAUUCUCGGCCUUCUCUUUUCUCUUCUCUUGCACCGAAUCCUAUAUAUGACCCAAAACGACAACGUUUGGCUUGUGGCUUUCCUUUGUGAAUCUUGUUUCUCAAUCGUAUGGCUUCUUACGACCUGCAUAAAAUGGAGUCCUGCUGAAACUAAAACCUAUCCAGAUAGAAUUGAUGAAAGGGUUCAUGACCUUCCUUCGGUAGAUAUCUUCGUGCCCACAGCGGAUCCGGUUCGAGAACCGCCAAUUAUCGUUGUGAACACCGUGCUUUCGCUGUUAGCUAUAAAUUAUCCGACCAAUAAACUAGCUUGCUAUGUGUCGGACAAUGGAUGCUCGCCUCUCACUUACUUCUCUCUCAAGGAAGCUUCUAAGUUCGCAAAGAUUUGGGUUCCGUUCUGCAAGAAAUACAACGUUAGAGUUAGAGCUCCUUUUCGAUAUUUCUUAAACCCGCUAGCCACAACAAAGGGUUCUGAAUUCAGUGGAGAUUGGCAAAUGACGAAGAGGGAGUACGAGAAGUUAUGCCGGAAAGUGGAAAUUGCCACCGGAGAUUCCCAUUGGUCGGAUGCAGAUGAUGACUUUGAAGCUUUCUCAAACACAAAACCAAAUGAUCAUUCAACAAUAGUUAAGGUGAUAUGGGAAAAUAAGGGAGGUGUGGGAGACGUAACAGAGGUCCCUCAUUUUGUAUACAUUUCAAGAGAGAAAAGACCAAAUUACCUUCAUCACUAUAAAGCUGGAGCCAUGAAUUUUCUGGUAAGAGUGUCAGGCUUGAUGACAAAUGCACCAUACAUGUUGAAUGUAGACUGCGACGUGUAUGCAAAUGAAGCCGAUGUUGUGCGACAAGCUAUGUGUGUAUUUCUACAAGGAUCAUCGAAUCCAAACCAUUGUGCUUUUGUUCAAUACCCUCAAGAGUCCUACGAUUCAACCACCGAUACACUCACCGUAUUCCAAUCAUUUAUGGUAAGAGGACUUGCGGGAAUCCAAGGACCAAUAUAUUUGGGCUCAGGGUGCUUUCACACUAGAAGAGUUAUGUACGGUUUAUCGCCGGAAGAUGUAGAAGCCAAUGAAAGUCUUUCUUAUCUUGCUACAAGGGAGCUUUUGGCCGCGGAUAGUUUGCCAAGAGGAUUUGGGAAUUCCAAAGAGAUGGUGAAAUCGGUGGUCGAGGCAUUACAAAGAAAAUCAAACCCCCAACAUAUCCUUACAAACUCCAUAGAAGCGGCUCAAGAAGUGGGACAUUGUGAUUACGAGUAUAAAACCAAUUGGGGCAAAACCUUCAACAAGCAAAGUCCGUUGCUAGGAAUGUUUCGUCGUAAAUUAAGAUUCCGACAGCGACUAGCUUAUCUUUGUGUUCUCGUUUGUCUGAGGUCAAUCCCUGAGCUAUUUUAUUGUCUCUUGCCUGCUUAUUGCCUACUCCACAACUCUGUCUUGUUUCCCAAGGGACCUUGUGUAGGCAUAAUAAUCACACUUCUUGGGAUGCACUCUCUCUAUACUCUAUGGGAAUUUAUGAGCCUCGGUUAUUCCAUACAAUCGUGGUUGGUCUCCCAGUCACUUUGGAGAAUAAUAGCGACUAGUAGUUGGUUAUUUAGCAUCUUUGAUAUCACUCUCAAGCUUUUUGGAAUCUCGAAGACGGUGUUCAUAAUCACUAAAAAGACUAUGAGCGAGACUAUAGAAGGAUCUGGACUUAGACCAUCUCAAGGAGAAGAUGAUGGUCCAAACUCAGGUAAAUUUGAAUUUGAUGGCUCAGUCUAUUUCUUGCCUGGCACAUUUAUUGUGUUGGUGAAUCUAGCGGCUCUAGCCGUUUUUUCGGUGGGUUAUAGUCUCGGUAAUCCGGGUUUGGCAGAGGCUUGUGGAUGUAUUUUGGUGGUUAUUUUGUUCUUUCCAUUUCUAAAAGGUUUGUUUGAGAAGGGAAAAUAUGGCAUCCCAUUGUCUACUCUUUGUAAAGCUGCCUUUUUAGCUGUUUUAUUUGUUGUUUUCUCUUUGGGAAAGUGA